AUGUCAUACAAUUGCAAAAAAUUUCAGGAUGGUCCCUUCAUCUGGUCGACUACUGAACAAGGUACUAUGUUAAGCGCUUAUUUUUGGGGCUACUUGGUAGCCCAGUUGCCCGGAGGCAGAGUCGCAGAAUUGUUUAGUGCCAAAUGGGUCAUGUUCUUCUCGGUUGCCAUUAAUGUAAUUUGUACUUUGCUUACACCACUGAUGGCUGAAUUACAUUUCGGGGCCAUGCUUACUAUGCGCAUACUCGAGGGAAUCGGAGGUGGUGUCACAUUCCCUGCAAUGCAUGUCAUGUUAGCCCAUUGGGCACCCCCGUCAGAAAGAGGGACCAUAAGCAGCAUUGUUUACGCUGGUACCGCAUUAGGGACAGUUAUUCUUAUGUUGGUUUCGGGUGUCAUUGCCGGGGGAUAUGGUUGGGCCGCUAUUUUUUACAUCGAAGGGGCCGUGUGCGCCAUAUGGUUGAUUUUGUGGGCCGUUUUUACCGCCGACAGUCCCAACGAACACUGGCUUAUCAGUGAAGAAGAAAGGGAAUAUAUUAAUUCAUCUUUAAAUACCGGAAAGGGCAGCAAUUCUGAAAAAAAGAAACUUCAAGUUCCUUGGAAAAACGUAUGGAAGUCGUUGCCGUUUUGGGCUAUUUUGGUUGCACACACAUGUUCGAAUUGGGGUUGGUACAUGGUCCUUAUUGAGCUCCCUUACUACAUGAAAAGCGUUCUCAAAUUUAAAAUCGCCGAAAAUGCAGUUCUCACUGCACUGCCUUUCUUUAUCAUGUGGAUAUUCAGUAUAGGACUGAGCAAAACUCUGGACACCCUUCGAACAAAAGGAAAAAUAACUACCACCAUUUCACGUAAAAUCGCCACAUUGAUUGCCAGCGUUAUUCCAAUGGUUUGCUUUAUUGUACUGAGUUAUAUUGGAUGUAGACGUCUUUGGGCCACUGUGUUAAUGACCGUAGCAAUAACAUCCGUUGGAGGAAUGUUCUGUGGCUUUUUAUCAAACCAUAUCGAUAUUGCGCCCAACUUUGCCGGAACCUUGGUGGCCAUCACCAACAGCAUUGCUACUAUACCAGGAAUUGUUGUUCCUGUAUUCGUUGGAAAAUUAACCGCAACAGAUCCCACUAUAGCCUCAUGGAGAAUAAUAUUUUGGACAACUGUUUGCUUAUAUGUCAUUGAGGCCAUAGUAUACACCGUUUUUGGUUCGGGAGAAAUGCAGGAUUGGAAUAAAGUUGAAUCUCAAAAUAAUGACGACGCCGAAGGGCAACCCCUAAAGUCGUCCAGUAAUCAGAGUUACGAUACAGCUGACAAAACUUCAAACGCAACCCUUGAAGUCAAAUAAACGUAAGAAGGCUUUUUAAACAUAAAUAAUAAUAUUUAUUCAUGUUGUCGAUGUUUUUAAGUGUGGAAUAUAUUUCGGUAUAAACGUUAUUUUAAGAGAAUUAGGUAUCUAUUUUAUUAUAUUUAUCAAACAGCAUUUUUUGCAAUUAUACUCGCAUUUCUCUAUAUGCAUAUACAUAUUUUUAUGCUUGCCAGUAAUAAUUUAUUAUUAAUUUUACCUUCCAGUACAAAAUGCUUUAAAUAACGAUUGUGCAAUAUAAAAAUAUUUUUAUUAGAUUCGAAAUCAUGGUUCAAAUAAGCCCUGAAGUCAAAAUUCGUGCAAUCACUCACCCGUUUCUUUUUCGGCCUAGGCAUUUUAUUAAAAUAAAAAACAAUAAAUAAAAAAUGUCAAUAAAUGCUGCCACAUAUGCACAAUUUAUUUUUAUAUUACGUCUUAAAAUAAAUUAUUACGAAUUUAUGUAGAAUGUGUAGGUAAUUAACAAUUUUAAAAACUUGCAUAAUAUACCUAAUUAAAAUUACAGUUAAGUGCAUGAAAAGACUAAUUUGUGUCUAUUUUGACCUUAAAAUUGUGAUAAAUAUAUAUAAAGAAAGAAAUAAAAACAAGUUAAGUAGGUUAAAUUAAAAAUACUCUAUGUCCAGUUGUGCUAAAAACGAUAAUAUGCAAUUUAGACCCAUUGUACUUGAUUUUAAUGUAUACAAAUGCAAAGUGUUAUAUUAAAUGUCUU